ACUAUAUUCAGCUCUAUAUUUGAAAAAAUAAUAAUAAUAAUAAUUAAGAAACAAAUCCGCUACAGAAUCUCAAAUCCAUCUCUAGAUUUUCAAAAUCCUCUAGUAGAUUCUACACAAUCCAAGAAUGUCUCAUUCCACUCGUUGUGCAGCAUGCAAAUCACUAAGAAGGAGAUGCCCAAAAGAUUGCAUUCUGGCCCCUUAUUUCCCUUCAAACGAUCCUCAAAGAUUUGCUUCUGUUCAUAAAAUCUUUGGUGCUGGUAAUAUUACUAAGAUUCUACAGCAACUCCCAGUUCAUCAAAGAGCAGAGGCAGCAGAUUGCAUGUCAUUUGAAGCAACUUCAAGGAUUCAAGACCCAGUUUAUGGUUGUGUUGGGAUUCUCUCUCAAUUACAGCAACAGAUACUGAUCACUCAACGUGAACUUGAAAUGACACAAGCCCAACUUGCCUUCUACUCUGCAAAACAACAACAACAAGAAGAAGCCCAACAAGAGAAACCAUUAAUGGCUCAAUCCCCAGUUCAGUAUUGUGAUGGACCAUCAUGGUUCUAUCCAAACCAGCAAGAUCCCUUUUACUUGGAUCAACAACACUUACUACCACCAGGCUUUCUUUAGUUAUUCUUCUCCUUCUUCUUCUUCUUCUUCUUCUUCAACCUUGAUUACCACUUACAAGUUACUCUCUACUCUUACCAAAAAAUAUAAGUUGCUGUUUAAUGAUUUUGGAUUAUUAUUAGUCGUGCUUUUUUAUUGACUGAUAUUUAAUAGAAUAAAAAUGAGAUAAAAUCA